GUAAUUGCAUUUUACAAGUGCAAAGACAAACAGUAUUGUGAUUGCCGAUGAAUAUCUGAUGAUGCUGAUCUUUGUUUCUUGUCCUGUCUGACCAUCCUUUGUUCAAUGCCUCGUAAAGAACGAUCAGGCAUUCUUCGAAUACUAAUAAUCUCCAACAUGAUCAUGUAGUUGACAAAAAUCAGAAUCAUCCGUUUAGUCCUUGCUAUGACACCACCUCUGCAAAUUCUCAUUCCUGUCUCUGCUCCCACACUCUUCCUCAAUCACAAACCUUAUUUAUAAACAGCCAAUGAUGCCACAAUACAUUCCACAAACAUCUCACCAUUGAAGAAAAUCUCUUCAAAUGUCACUUAACUGUAUGCACUAACAUUAACCCUUCAAGACCGCCAUUUCUUCACCAAAGGAAGCGAAACGAAUACGUGUUAAGUGACAGGAGUUCACGUGGCAAAUGGCGGCGGCAUUUGCCGAGAAUGACCUUGCGCGGACGACGAGCCAGAGGUCGCUCAGCAGCAGCCGCUCGAUGAGCCGGAGGAUGAGCCUCUCGGCAAGCGGCAAGAGCUGGGCCUCGGCAAGCAUUCGUGAGGUGUGGAACACACAGGGCGACGUGUUCCAGAAGAGCGGGAGGGAGGAUGACGAGGAGGAGCUGAAGUGGGCGGCGAUCGAGCGGCUCCCAACGUACGACCGGCUGAGGAAGGGGAUGCUGAAGCAGGCGUUGGAUGACGGGAGAGUCGGGUACGAAGAGGUCGAUGUCACGAACCUUGGGACACAUGACAAGCAGCAUCUCAUGGAGAGCAUAUUGAAGAUCGUUGAAGAGGACAAUGAGAGGUUCCUUCUCAGGCUGAGAGAGAGGACUGACAGGGUUGGGAUUGAAAUCCCCAAAAUCGAAGUCCGCUUCGAGCAUUUAUCAGUGGAAGGAGAUGCCUAUGUUGGCACCCGGGCACUUCCUACUCUGCUGAAUUCUUCCUUGAAUGCUAUAGAGGGAGUUCUUAGCAUGGUUAAGCUACUCCCAUCCAACAAGAGAGAAGUUAAGAUACUGCACGACGUGAGCGGGAUUGUAAAACCAUCAAGAAUGACAUUGCUCCUGGGACCACCUGGAUCGGGGAAAACCACCUUGCUACAAGCACUUUCGGCGAAGCCCGACAAGGACCUAAGGAUAUCUGGAAAAGUCACUUACUGCGGUCAUGAACUGUCAGAAUUCGUUCCCCAAAGAACAUGCGCUUACAUUAGCCAACAUGAUCUUCACCAUGGAGAGAUGACGGUGAGAGAGACGCUAGAUUUCUCGGGCCGUUGCUUAGGAGUUGGAAUGAGAUAUGAAAUGCUUGCCGAGCUGUCGAGAAGAGAGAAGGAAUCAGGAAUUAAACCAGAUCCUGAAAUAGAUGCCUUCAUGAAAGCCACUGCAGUGGCAGGCCAAGAAAUGAGUAUCGUGACGGAUUAUGUUCUCAAGAUUCUCGGAUUGGAUAUCUGUGCUGACAUUAUGGUGGGUGAUGACAUGAGAAGAGGCAUAUCAGGGGGCCAGAAGAAGCGCGUUACCACCGGGGAAAUGCUUGUUGGACCAGCCAAAGCUCUCUUCAUGGAUGAGAUAUCAACCGGGCUGGACAGUUCUACUACCUUCCAAAUUGUUAGGUUCAUGAGACAGAUGGUUCACAUCAUGGAUGUCACCAUGAUAAUUUCCCUUCUGCAACCGGCUCCCGAAACAUUCGAACUUUUUGAUGAUAUCAUCUUACUUUCAGAAGGACAGAUUGUUUACCAAGGGCCAAGAGAAAACGUGCUCGAGUUUUUCAAAAGCGUCGGCUUCAGAUGCCCAGAAAGGAAAGGCAUAGCCGAUUUCUUGCAAGAAGUGACUUCCAAGAAAGACCAAGGACAGUAUUGGUGCAAGAAGAACGAGCCCCACAGAUACGUCAGUGUACCCGAUUUUGUCAACCACUUCUGUAACUUUCAUAUCGGUCAGAAACUCCAUCAGGAGAUUGCGGUUCCUUUUGAUAGGACUAAAGCCCAUCCGGCUGCACUAGUGAAGGAAAAGUAUGGACUCUCGAAUUGGGAACUCUUUAAGGCAUGCUUCGCGAGAGAGUGGCUGCUAAUGAAGCGCAGCGCUUUCUUGUAUAUAUUCAAGACGGUCCAAAUCACCAUCAUGUCAAUAAUUGCCAUGACAGUGUUCAUAAGAUCGGAAAUGAAGCCCGGUACAGUCAAGGGUGGUGGGAAAUUCUACGGUGCACUAUUCUUCAGUCUCAUUAAUGUCAUGUUCAAUGGGAUGGCGGAGCUCGCAAUGACCAUCUUUAGGCUUCCGGUAUUUUUCAAGCAAAGGGAUUUCUUGUUUUAUCCUGCUUGGGCUUUUGGCUUACCGAUUUGGCUUCUUCGGAUUCCGAUUUCGUUGAUGGAGUCCGCAAUAUGGAUAAUUCUGACAUACUACCCCAUUGGUUUUGCCCCAUCAGCUAGUAGGUUUUUCCGUCAACUACUGGCAUUCUUUGGUGUGCACCAGAUGGCUCUUGCGCUCUUCCGGUUUAUUGCUGUGCUUGGAAGGACACAAGUGGUAGCAAAUACUCUCGGUACCUUCACAUUGCUUCUCGUUUUUGUCCUUGGUGGAUUCAUCGUCGCCAAAGAUGACAUACAGCCAUGGAUGAUAUGGGGCUAUUAUGUUUCUCCGAUGAUGUACGGGCAGAAUGCCUUAGUCAUAAAUGAAUUCCUUGACGAGAGAUGGAGCAUUCCCACUACUGAAAAAAUUUCUGAACCAACAAUCGGGAGAGUUCUUCUGAAGUACAGAGGAAUGUUCGUCGAGGACUACUGGUAUUGGAUUUGCAUUGGGGCACUCCUUGGCUUUUCUCUUCUUUUCAACGUUUGCUUCAUCCUGGCUCUCACUUACUUGAAUCCUCUGGGAGAUUCCAAAUCAAUUACUUUGGAUGAAGAUGAUGAGAACAAGGAUAAGAAGCAGUCUACUUCAAAGGGACAGAAUAAGAUUGUGCCUUCAGAUAUGACUUCAGCAUCUACAACCACCUUCUUUGAAGGCAUAGAUAUGGCCGUGAUGAACACUUCGGACGAUGCUAAGUCUGGCGUUGGUGCUCCAGCGCAAAUGAAUGCUAAAAGAGGAAUGGUUUUGCCAUUUCAGCCCUUGUCGCUGGCAUUUAGUCAUGUGAAUUACUAUGUGGAUAUGCCCGCCGAAAUGAAGAGCCAAGGAAUUGAAGAGAGUCGUCUUCAAUUGUUAAGGGAUGUUAGUGGGGCAUUUAGGCCGGGAGUUUUGACAGCACUAGUUGGUGUUAGCGGUGCUGGGAAGACCACUUUGAUGGACGUUUUAGCAGGAAGGAAGACUGGAGGCUAUAUUGAAGGAAGCAUAAGUAUAUCUGGCUACCCAAAGAACCAAGAAACUUUUGCUCGGGUCAGUGGUUACUGCGAGCAAAACGACAUCCAUUCACCGAAUGUCACAGUCUACGAAUCACUGGUGUACUCAGCAUGGUUGCGUCUCCCUAAGGAUGUGAAGAAGGAAACCCGGCAGCAAUUUGUUGAAGAAAUCAUGGAAUUGGUUGAGCUAAAUACUCUUAGGAACUCGCGAGUUGGACUGCCAGGAGUAGAUGGCCUCUCAACCGAGCAACGAAAGAGACUCACGAUUGCCGUGGAACUUGUGGCCAAUCCCUCCAUCAUCUUCAUGGAUGAGCCAACAUCUGGCCUUGAUGCUCGAGCCGCUGCCAUCGUGAUGCGUACCGUAAGAAACACGGUUGAUACAGGGAGAACUGUUGUUUGCACAAUUCACCAACCAAGCAUAGACAUUUUUGAAGCUUUUGAUGAGUUGUUCUUGAUGAAAAGAGGAGGACAAGUUAUUUACGCUGGACCCCUUGGUCAACACUCACACAAGCUCGUGGAGUAUUUUGAGGCUAUCCCAGGUGUUCCCAGGAACAAAAUUGGUUAUAAUCCAGCAACAUGGAUGCUCGACGUCUCUUCUACGGCUGCCGAAGCUCAACUUGGAGUAGAUUUUGCAGAGAUUUUUGCCAACUCUGAACUUUACAAGAACAAUGAGGAACUCAUCAAACAGUUGAGCACUCCAGAACCCGGAUCCAAAGACCUUUACUUCCCAACUAAGUAUUCUCAAACCUUCGUGACGCAAUGCAAGGCUUGCUUCUGGAAGCAGCACUGGUCCUACUGGAGGAACCCUCAGUAUAAUGCAAUCCGAUACUUCAUGACAAUGGUUGUUGGGGUCAUGUUCGGACUAAUCUUUUGGAAUAAGGGCAACCAAACAUAUAAAGAGCAAGACUUAUUGAAUCUUUUGGGAGCUAUGUAUUCGGCUGUUCUUUUCCUGGGUGCCACCAACACUUCAUCAGUUCAGCCAAUCGUUGCCAUAGAGAGAACAGUUUUUUACCGAGAAAGAGCAGCAGGAAUGUACUCAGCUUUGCCUUAUGCAUUCGCACAGGUAGCCAUAGAGGCAAUAUACGUGGCUAUCCAAACUUUGGUCUACAGUCUCCUCCUUUAUUCCAUGAUCGGAUUUCACUGGAGAGUUGACAAGUUCCUGUGGUUCUACUACUACAUUCUAAUGUGCUUCAUCUAUUUCACGUUGUAUGGUAUGAUGACUGUUGCCCUCACCCCAAAUCACCAAAUUGCGGCAAUCGUCAUGUCCUUCUUUCUUAGCUUCUGGAACCUGUUCUCUGGCUUCCUCAUCCCCAGAAUGCUCAUUCCGGUGUGGUGGAGGUGGUACUAUUGGGCAUCGCCAGUGGCCUGGACAAUCUAUGGACUCGUGACAUCUCAAAUAGGCGACAAAGAAAAUCAAGUCUUGGUUCCUGAAGAAGGAACCAUGUCGGUGAAGGACUACCUCAAACAGACCAAAGGUUUCGACUACGAUUUCCUUGGAGUUGUUGCGGUGGCUCACAUUGGUUGGGUUCUGCUCUUCUUCUUCGUCUUCGCCUAUGGCAUCAGAUACCUCAACUUCCAAAGGAGAUGAUGAGGACUGUACUGAAAACGAGACUCUGUUCUCUGCAAAGACGAAACAUCACAAUAAGUGUGAACUUCUGCAUUAGAAGGUUCUUUCAUUCUUAUUGAGACACUCUACUUUGGAAGUUCACUAGUAUUGAAAAGAAGGGAAA